AUCACUAUAGUGAUAUCUAUAAUCUAUAGAGUAUAUCAACUUUGCGUGGCACACACACACACACAUACGUCAUGUCGCUUCCCGUCGAAAUUCGCAGAAAGAAUCAUGAAUAAUGACCCAGUGCAGGUCGAUUUGCAGCUGCUGCGGGGCCAAAGGCAGCUGCCCGUGCUCCAGGAAGCGCUGCACCAAAGAAACGAAUACCGAGGGACAUUCGCCGUGUUGUUCGACGAAACAUUCCGCUACUAAUACGGAGAAAUUGGAGAAAGAGCUAGUAUCAGUCGCUUGCGGUGAAUUCAAAGCGAAAGAAGAUUUCUGGGACGACCUGUCGCGUUUCGUGGAACUCUCCCGCAAAAUUUCCGCGUACGCGAGAACCAGAAGAUCGGAAGAAACCCCGUCAGGUACCGAAGAACGAUUCGCCUGCUCCGAUUACAACGACACCCCUUUAUCGUUUCGCGCGUCGAACAUUCUAUCGAGUACUCCGCGAGAGAACUACGCGCGGAAUUCCGAAAGUUCCCAUCGACCCCAUUCAACAUACACGAGAAGCGUACCGACGACGGAUUGCGGUACGAAAUGUUGCCAUUGCCCUUCCGAUGUGUCGCGGAAUUUUGUCAGUUUACUCACCGCUUCCAACGAGGAAACACCCCGCGUUCCGAGCACCAGACGUGGAGCGCCCUCUACGCGGAAUUGUCCGGCUACUAUCGGUAGAAGGCGACUGAACGAACGACCCCUAGAGAUCUACUCGCGCCCCAUCGAGGAAUUCCAUUGUGGAAAUAACGAAGAAUACGACGAAAUCGCAAACGCUCUACCGGUUGAAAUCCAAGUUAUCGAACAUCCCGAUUGUAUUGAGGAUUGGUUGGAUAUCGAAGCGUGUCUUAGGCAACCAGUUUUACAUCGUCAAUCCGGUUUGUACAGGUGAUGUUUUACGCGGGAAUUACUCAAAAAAACGUGAUGGUCAAACAAAUAAUUGUUAUGUUGAAUAUACA